AUGACGGGAAAUUGUGCUAAAAAUUGUGCUCWAAUUUUUCAGGUUGCAUUUUCAGCAUUGUAUAGUGGUGCCUCUGCUGGUGACAAAUGCACUUUAUUCAGUGAUAGAAACUUAAUUAAUCGACGUAACGUGAAAGCGGAUGUCUCCUCAGCAGCCAAUGCUUGCAGAAGAUUCUUUAUUAUUGAGGUAGAAGCAAGAGUAGUUGCUGCAGCUCUGCAUGUCCUGGGAAUGGAAGACCUCAGUGGCAAACCAGUAAAACAUCCAUUUCCAGAUGGUCUUGGUGACAGCUCAUCUAAAGAAGAGAAAAAGGCAUAUCUACAUAAAAUUGCAUUGCUAGUUGUAGAUUCCUUUGUUGUYGACAAAGUGAGAAAUGAAAAGAUYGAAGAAUCAUGUAAGCUACUGGAGGAAAAUGCAAAGAAUAACACAGUCAAUGCUGAAGGAAGAUAUCCAUGUCGAUAUCCUGGAUGUCAAAGAAGUUUUGCUCAUGAUGGAAAGCUAAGGAGAGAUCAUGAACAGCAACACAACCCUCCUGUUUCAAGUGUUCCAGAUAACAAAGUAAAGAAAGGAAAAAGAGCAAAAGAAAGUGAUGAUUUAGGUGAUGAUAUGCUUGCYUAUCAAAGAUCACUUUUGGACUAUGGUAUGCUAUUGUUAAAUUUCUGGGAUGCCAUUUCUGAGGGAGAUGGAAAGCGUUUGAUCCGCUGUUGGAAGUUCUUUUUAUUGUAUCUCAAACAUGAUAAUGGCUCAUCUAAAUAUUCCCUGGAGGCAUUAUAUCUAUUAUUUGAAGUAUAUGCUUUACUUAGCCCAAGAGCAUCCCAUCGCUUAAUCUGGAAUAGAUUCAUUAAGAACAAAUCUGGKAUGGGAGGAAACAUUCCAUUGGAUCUUCAACUUGAGUUUUACAAUAAAUCUGUAAAAGAAGCUAUCAAAAAGCUUGGUCCUGCAGCAUCACAGAAGUCAAUUGACAGAAUUUGYCAUUCUCUAAGGAUCACUACAGAACUAAUGGAAAACUUUGACUCUAGCCUCAGUCUUUAUAAAAGAUGUGGGAAGCAUACUAAGAAGUCAGUCAAGUGUGRUGUUGAGAAGGUCGUUAAGCAACUUGUUGAGCAAAGAGCAUUCACUUACACAACAAAUCGUAAAUACCAGCAUUACAGAGACAUGCCCCCAAGUAUGCUUACAGGCUUUGACAUGCAAAGCUUGUACAAGUGGAUCAACGAUCAUAAAAAGCAUAUGAUACUUCACAGACGAGCACGUUAAAAACAAUGACUUUGUAAAAAAACUUACAUUUACAUAUUUACAUUUUUCAUAUUACUAAUAAUCGUAAGUCAUACGGUUACAUACUAGUCUCACCUUCAUGGCAUAUUCACGUUGUAUCAUCAGUGUCCAUGGAGCUCUCUAUUUCUUCUAAUUCCYGGGUAUCAAAAAACUGCAACAAGGUUGAAUCAUCUCUGAUAUUG